CGAGAAUGGGAGAGGAAAAAUCCGACACGGAGGGUGGAAGAACAGAGGAUCACGAAGAUGACGAAGAUGCCAAACCUACUGCCGAGGAAGGGGAGGGGAGCCCUUUGUGGCCCCGGGGAAGUGGUGGACAAGAAAAGAGAGUGGGUCGUGGAGAGGCCGAAGGGUUGAGCAGCAGACGGCGCCUGGAAAUAGCUCGCUCGCUCGUCGUGUCCUCUGCUGCGCACGCGAACAUCGGCAGAGGUUUAAGCGGUCUGCACUUCUCGUGGCACGCGAUUGCUCGCUCCAACCCUAACUUGUCACCAACUCCACCACUCGCUGCAGCUCCGAGCGAGUUCCUCCUCGAUCUAUCAAACGAUCCAGCCAAGCGUUUCUCUGGUUUCUAUUUGACCGGUGGAAAAUCAGGAUCCAGGAUGCUGAGGUCAUGCGGAUCACGAUCGUGAUGGAAGAUUCUGACUGAAACACUUUGAAUUUGCAUCGAGUGUGUUCGCUUUGGAGGAGUGCCCGAAGUCUUCCGUCCUUAUCACAGCCAUUUUUUUUCUCUGGGUUUGUCGGGUCGCAAGCUUUAGGGGCGAUGGCCGCUAAAAUAUUAGCGAAUUUGAUCGUCCUCGGCUCGGGUGUGCUUCUUCGCGCUGUAUCUCAAGCUUACCGUCAAGCGAUUCAAAAUGCUUCGAAAUCAGGCGUAGCUCAAGAAACAGUACAAAAUAUGGCGAAGAGAACCAGUAAGACAAUGUCUAUAUCUGAAGCUAGGAUGAUCUUAGGCGUUUCUGAGAACACCCCCAUGGAGGAAGUACUGAAGAAAUACGAAGCCCUUUUCGAAAGAAAUGCGAAGAUGGGAAGUUUUUACGUACAAUCUAAAGUUCAGCGAGCCAAGGAAUGUAUAGAACAGGCGCAACAAUCAGAACAACAGGAACAAGAGCAUCCCACCGGCUGAGACAACGUUUUUGAUUCAAGUCAUCUCCCUACCAGGGCUGGGGCUUGGAUUCAUACGAUCUACUGUUAUUAUGUAAGGUCGAAAACACUACGGGACCUCAUCACAGCAGUUUUGGGGCAAUUGUAGCUGCCCAUGCCCUGGAGUCGGUCACUUCAGAUCCAGGAGAUCAUUUUUAUGCUUGCGCGAACAAUAUAAGUUAAGCAGGACAGUCAUAGUUCUGAGCAAGCUUCAAACAGGCUGUCGAAGAGCAACGUGCUAAAUUCAAGCCUGGGAAGGUACAAGUCAUCGGAGCGCGGGAUGCGGAGUCAGAACUUCUAUCUGUCUGGAUCAAGUGAUCACCUCAUUCUGCGCGAGGAGCUGAAGAUUUCCUACAUGCGAGCAGAGGGGAAUUGUGUCCUCUGUUUUUAGUCUGAAGUGCCGAAGAAAGGGCAAGCGAGUAUCAUUGCGGGGAUGAGCUUAGCCACUUUGUUCAGCUUGGCUCAUGUUUUACUUCCUUGAGAAUACUGCCGUUCUGUUAGAUGACACAAAAACAGACCUUGCUAUUGUAACAAUUUGAAAACAUCUUGCUGAGGACUUAGUUACCUUCGGAGGUUCCUUGUAUGCACCUGUUGUGCCAAAGCCAUCAAGAUUUUAGCACCACCUCUACCAUUUUACCCCUCACUGUUUUUAAAUCAAAUAAGACGACAGGAGUCACUGUCUGAAUGUGAAUUGAAAUAUUUCCCCCCUAGUUUGUAAGUCGUGUAGUAGUCGCCGAGAGUAUGUGGAACAUGAUAAAAUACAGGUCGAAGGAAGGGCAUGUAGAUUGGUUCGUUGGGACUUGUCAUGGGCAUAUGGAUAGGAGAGAUGUUGUGCAUUAAUCAGUUAGUGUUCAGAAUUAUGUAAUGUUUAGGGUAAAUUUGUGACGUGCAU